AUGGCUACAGUGCGUGUCUGCGUGUGCGGGGACGAGGGCACCGGCAAGUCGAGCCUCAUCGCUUCGCUCGUCAAGGAUGUCUUCGUGAGCAACAAGAUCCAGCCCGUCCUCCCUCAGAUCACCAUCCCUCCCAGCAUCGGUACUCCCGAAAAUGUCACCACCACCAUCGUCGACACAUCGGCUCGCCCACAAGACCGGACCACCUUGCGCAAGGAGAUCCGCAAGUCCAACGUCAUCCUGCUCGUCUACUCCGACCACUACAGCUACGAGCGAGUGGCUCUCUUCUGGAUGCCCUACUUUCGAUCGCUCGGGGUUAACGUCCCCGUGGUACUGUGCGCCAACAAAUCCGACCUGACCGAUAAUCCGACCCCACAAGUAGUCGAUGAGGAGAUGCUCCCUGUCAUGAGCGAGUUCAGGGAGAUCGAUUCUUGCAUACGCGCCAGCGCUAGGGAACACUCAAAUGUCAACGAGACCUUCUUCCUAUGCCAGAAGGCCGUCGCACACCCCAUUGCUCCGCUCUUCGACUACAAGGAAGGCAACCUGAAGCCAGCAUGCGUUUCGGCUUUGAAGAGAGUCUUCUAUCUCUGCGACAAGGAUCAGGAUGGCUACCUAAACGACGACGAGAUCCAACACUUCCAGUUCAAAUGCUUUGACAAGCCCCUGGCGCCCGAAGACCUGGAGAACAUCAAGUUGUCCAUUUCAAAGGCGGUCCCAGGGUCGAGUACCGAGAAGGGCGUUGACAAGAGAGGGUUUCUGCAGCUGAACAAGAUCUAUGCUGAGAAGGGUCGACAUGAAACUAUCUGGAUCAUCCUACGCAAGUACCAUUACACCGACAGCCUCAGUUUGGAGGAUAGCUUUAUUCAUCCAAAGUUCGACGUCCCAGAAUAUGCCUCUGCCGAGUUGAGCCCAGUUGGCUAUCGCUUUUUCAUGGACCUCUUCCUGCUAUUCGACAAGGAUAAUGACGGGGGACUGAACGAUCGCGAACUAGCAUCUCUGUUUGCCCCUACUCCAGGACCACCUCAAUCAUGGGUAGAAGCGUCGUUCCCUUCGUCGACGGUACGGAACGAGGCUGGCCACAUCACCUUGCAGGGUUGGCUGGCUCAGUGGAGUAUGACCACGUUCCUCGAGCCCAAAACCACCUUGGAGUAUCUUGCAUACCUGGGAUUUGAGCCUACAAACGCCCGGGAAUCUCUGACCUCGGCCCUAAAGGUAACACGAGCUCGCAAGAGAAGGAGACGCCCAGGCCGAGUUGAGCGCAAUGUCGUUCUGUGUUACAUCGCAGGUGCUCCAGGGGCUGGCAAAUCAUCACUCCUGGACGCUUUCAUCAACCGCCCCUUCGAUGGCAUGUACCACCCGACCAUCAAGCCGCGGAGAGCUGUCAACAGCGUUGAGCUGCAGGGCGGCAGGCAAUGUUAUUUGAUUCUAGAGGAACUAGGGGAGCUUGAACCUGCUAUACUGGAAAACCAGGCAAAGCUGGAUGCUUGCGAUCUGAUUUGUUAUUCCUAUGACUCCUCGGACCCCGACUCGUUCUCUCAUAUUGUUGACCUCCGAAAGCGGUGCCCGCAGCUCGAUGACCUCCCUUCGAUCUACACGGCUCUGAAGGCGGACAGGGACAAGACGACCCAGCGAAGUGAGUUGCAACCGGACCAGUACACUUCGGGCUUGAUGAUGGGCACGCCUGUCCAUGUCAGUGUAACGUGGAACAGCAUCGGGGAGCUUUUCGUUGCUCUAGCCGAGGCGGCAACAAAUCCAAGCACGGCUUUUCCGAAGAGCGAGGAGCCCCCACCCGACAGGACAAGUCUGUAUCUUGCGCUCGGGACAACCACGUGUGCGGCGGUGGCUGCUUUCAUGAUUUGGAGGAGAUCUACCAACUCUGCCUGA